CUCAUCAUCUCUCUCAUCUACAUUCUUCUCUCUCUCUAGAUCUCUCUAGAUUCUUGGUUGUUAGAUUUGUUGGCCAUGGCUACUAACGAUCGUCAUCCCCACCAGGUCCAAGUCCACACCAUCCAACACCCACGAUACGAACAUGGCGGCAACAAAUCGUCGUUUUUCCCUGAUCAAGAAGGUCCAUCAAAGAGCAAAAUCUUCGCCGUCAUGGCCCUCCUUCCGGUGGGUGGAAUCCUACUUGGCCUCGCAGGAAUCACCCUUGUGGGUACUAUGAUCGGGCUGGCUAUCGCCACCCCAGUUUUCAUCAUCUUCAGCCCGAUUAUUGUUCCGGCAGUCCUCACCAUCGGGCUGGCGGUAGCCGGAUUUCUGACAUCCGGGACGUUUGGGUUGACGGGGCUGAGCUCUUUGUCUUUUCUGUUGAACAGUCUGAGGCAGGUGACGGGGUCGACGGUGCCGGAGCAGAUUGACUAUGCAAAGAGGCGGGUUCAAGACAUGGUGGAGUACACAGGGCAGAAGACGAAGGAGGUGGGCCAGACCAUACAGGACAAGGCUCAUGAAAUUGGACCGGAGGGUCAAGUUCAUGGAGGUGCCAAGGAAGGACGUGGUGCCAGGACUUGAGGCGAUAAUGUUGAAAUGGUGGAGUUAAAUUAAUGUUUUCCGAGUCUUUUUGUGUGUUUUAUUUUUAUGGUGAGAUAGAUCGAGUAUUGUACUUGUUGAUGAUCUUGAAGCUUAAUUUUUCGUCUAUCAAAUAUGAAUAUGCCAGUUCUUCUAUUUCA